AGGUAGUAGGAAAUGGUAUGACCGAUUUCACAGCAACGCGAAAAGUUAACAAGAGAAACGAAUAUUGAAUCAUUGAGGGAUGAAUUAAACGGACGCGUCGGCGCAAGUUAAGGCAAAGAAAACAAUUAGUCGUGGGCGCGUCGAGUUCGUAUCUUUAAACCACAACAAUACUCAUUUUUAAUUAUUGUUAAUAAUUAAUAUAAAACUGAGAUUAAUUUAUUUAUAUUAUUUAUAAGCCCUAUUUGUGUAUGCAGCAAUAUAUUUUAUAUAUUUAGUGUAAGUACUGUGUUUGUGAAACGGGCUAAGUGUAAGUGUGUUUCAGUCGAGAGUAUAGAGGUUCAUUGUAGCGACGCGUGUAUAAACGGCCGUUGAGAAUAAGACAGCGGGCGGUUCCCACCACGUCCUAGCAGAGCAACAAGUGUCAGAUUUAGAUAAACUAUUGUUUUUAUAAAAUUGACAAGAAAAUUUAUUGCUCCAUUGAAAAAAAAUCAGGAAUUAGAUUGUAAGAGUGGAUUGUUUGAUCUAUUAGACGAGGAUGGGAUGCGCUGUAAGCAACACGGGUGAAAAGGCUGCGGCCGAGAGAUCCAAGAAAAUUGACAAGGAUCUACGUCUUGAUGGCGAACGAGCUGCCAGUGAGGUCAAACUUCUUCUUCUGGGUGCUGGAGAGUCCGGUAAAUCUACGAUAGUGAAACAGAUGAAAAUAAUCCACGAAACUGGAUACAGCAGGGAAGAAUGCGAGCAAUACAAGCCGGUUGUUUACAGCAACACGAUCCAGAGUCUUAUGGCGAUAAUUCGGGCCAUGGGCCAGCUGAGAAUAAAUUUCGCUGACCCAAAUAAAGCUGAAACAGCGCGGCAAUUUUUUACCCUAGCUUCCGCGGCAGAGGAGGGUGAGCUCACUGGGGAACUUGUGCUGCUAAUGAAGAGAUUAUGGCAAGAUGCAGGAGUGCAGCUUUGUUUCACACGUAGCAGAGAGUAUCAAUUAAAUGACUCCGCUGCGUAUUAUUUGAAUGCUCUGGAUCGGAUUGCGCAGCCUAAUUAUGUACCGACGCAACAAGAUGUCCUGAGGACUCGAGUCAAAACGACGGGAAUUGUAGAGACUUAUUUUGCCUUCAAAGGAUUGCAUUUCAAAAUGUUUGACGUCGGCGGCCAGAGAUCGGAAAGGAAAAAGUGGAUUCACUGCUUCGAGGGAGUAACAGCGAUAAUAUUUUGCGUUGCUCUGAGUGGCUACGACCUUGUGCUUGCUGAAGAUGAAGAAAUGAACCGCAUGAUCGAGUCUAUGAAGCUAUUUGAUUCGAUUUGUAACAGUAAGUGGUUCAUAGACACGUCAAUAAUUCUAUUUUUAAAUAAGAAAGAUCUGUUUGAGGAGAAAAUAGCCAAGAGCCCACUAUCGAUCUGUUUUCCGGAGUACAAAGGCGGCAACUCAUUCGAAGAGUGUGCUGCUUACGUGCAAAUGAAAUUUGAGAAUUUAAAUAAACGCAAAGAUCAAAAACAGAUCUACACACACUUUACCUGUGCAACUGACACUUCUAACAUUCAGUUUGUGUUUGACGCGGUAACUGAUGUGAUUAUUAAAAAUAAUUUAAGUAAUUGCGGACUGCUAAGUUGAAUUUAUCAUUCCUGAGACGAUAAUUAUUUUUUCUCAUUAUAAGAUAUUAUUUAUGACAUUUUAUAUUACUUAGAUUUUUUAAUAAUUAAUUAAUAUUGCAACGAUACACAAGUGCACUUUUGUAUAUAUAUUAUAUACCUUUUUAUAAAAUAAUCCGCGAAUUUUUAUUGAAUAAGAUAUUAAGCCAUAAUCACUUUCCAUUUUUUUAAUAUUAAUUUACGAAAUAUUUUAUAGAUCUAUAAAUAUAUAUGUACGUAUAAAUCUCUUGUCCAUGACUGAAACUUUUUUUUUUAUAAGGAAAAAUUUUGUAAUCGGUAUUAUUUAAAUAUCAUUUAGUCAUAAAAAAGUUUUUUAUACCAUUUUGUAAAACAUUAAUUUAUAAUUCGAUUUUUAUAAAAGACAAUAUGUAGAAUAAUUGAAUGAACAAAUUUAAAUGUAGACGACUGAGAUUAAAGCAUUUUUACCGAAAAAAAAAAAUGUUAACAAUUAAUUUUAUUAA